AUGACUACUCUUGUUUUGGGUGCUACAGGACUAUGUGGUAAGGCUAUUUUGAAAUACUGUGAGAAUUCACGAGAGUUGGGUGAAAUCUGCACUAUCACAAGAAGGGCUUUACCCUUUCAAUCUACUGCUGUACAAAAAGUCGACAAAGAUACGACCAAAUGGGGACAGUACAUCCCAAACGAACAUUUAGAGUUUGUGUUUACUGGGCUUGCCACUACGAGAGGAGCUGCAGGUGGCUUCGAUAAACAAUACAAGAUCGAUCAUGAUUUAAACAUAGAGUUGGCUAAAGUGGCAAAGGAAAAGGGCUGUUCUACUUUCGUACUAGUGAGCAGUGGCGGUGCCAAGGAAGACUCUAUGUUUGCAUACAUGAAGAUGAAGGGUGAGAUUGAGCGGGACAUCCUAGCCUUGGGUUUUGAUCACACAAUAAUCCUACGUCCUGGUCCACUUUUAGGUGAUAGGUUGACGUCAAAGGGGCUUAUCACAGACGUAUUCUCCAAGAUCGGUUCCUGGAUGUACAAAAGUAGGUUCCAGGUCCUAGGUGGCUAUCCAGUCUAUGGAGAUGAAGUUGGUAAGGUCGGAGUCCACCUUGCUUUGAAGGAAUCUGCACCAAACGGUAAGAAGGUGCGUAUCGUUGAAAGCAAAGAAAUUAUCGAAAUAGCUGAAAGUCUUCGGUAG